AAAACUCGACUGGCUCUGACAAUUCUAUCCAAAUCGUAGACAAGACCGGAGAAUACUUGCGUUUUGUUAUGUAGCUUUCGACUGGUGGAAAAACCGAACACACAUAUUUUAAACACCCCAACAAAUUCAAAUGUUUUUCCAACAUUUCGUAUUAUAAUAGUAGCACAAAAAAUAAGAAGCGGUCGAGGAAUUUUGCGCGACCCAAGUGUACCAAAAACUAUUCUGAUUUCAACGAAGACCAGAGUUCUCUAUUUUCUAUGAAAAUCGACGAGCCCAAGAACUAAAAAAAAAGAGGCCAUUAAAGGAGCAACGCAGUCGGACCAGAUGUGCUAACUAAGAAACCAGGUCCACAACCAAUCCCAGCCAAGUCCCCAAAAAGGAGGCAUCAGCCAGUGCGUAAGCUAUCCCCAAUACAAAAGUUGCCACACCGCAGGACAUGUUGUCCCACGCCUUCAACAUGCAUCCGCAAAGACGUGUGCCCGUCAUCCACGAGCAGAUCGCCAAGCAGUGCGCCCUGAACAUUGUGCGCGUGGCCUCCGCUAUGCCACAACCGCAGCCCCGCUGCCCAUCCGGUCAUGUGGUCGUGCUCGUGGAGCUGCGCCGGACGGACGAGGAGACCGUGCAUCGCUACCAGGUGAAUGUGCCGCCAACGGGCUGGACCAACGAAGAUUUGAAGGAGGAGGAAAAGCGAUUCCAGCAAUUGGUGCCCCCCGGAACACUAGACAAUAUGGGCCUUAAGCUGCCUCUGCCAGAGCGUCCUCCGUGUCCCAUGCAUGGGCGUUCCAUCAUGGAGAUGGUCUGGUCACCGAACUCCAACAUGGGUCCGCCUCCUAUGCUGAUGAUUCAGUCUUCGGUACAUAUCACCAACGGGCAGGAUGACGCCACUGACUUCGCCACCUUCAGAGAGCCCGCUGUGACUAGUGAAUCACCGGAUAAUAUAAGAGGGCACUUUAUGGCCAGUUUAUAUCAGCAGCAACCUAGUCCGCUGAGCUACUCGGACAUCUGGGUGUCAGAUAGUUCAUCGAGUGGCUUGCCCGGAAGUGAAGCCCUCUCCACGACCCAUUUUCCACAGUUUUAUCUGGGCGAGAACGCCGAGUCUAUCGUCGCCAAUAACAUACGACCUAUCAAUGGUUUUCCUAUCAAUGGAUAUCCUAUCAAUGGUUAUCCUAUCAGUGGUUAUCCGACAGCUCCCAGACAAGCUGUGAAAAAGCCUCGCCACGUCGCCGAACUUUGCUUGGACAGCAAUGGAGAGUAUGUGCUCAACAAGCAGCUGCAUCAACCGUUGACUAGCCAUCAACCCGAUCCGAAUAUUCCCAGUGUCAUGAGCAGCGAUCAAAACUACUUCAUACAAAAUCAAAGCCACCAGGUGGAGUCCCCUAUUAAAGGACUCAAUGGCUACAUAAGCAAUGGUCACAUCGCCCAGGAGUCUGAUAAGCCGAAAAAUGGUUAUGAAUAUCAGCCGGCGGCCUUCGCAGAUCAACGGAUUGUCCUGCAUACAAAGCUGGGACAGGGACAGGGGCAGGCGCAGGGAGCAGUACCCGGACUUAUACCCAAUCACCUGCAGAGUCGUGUGGCCAUGGUCGAGCCUCGCAUACGCCAGGAAUCACUGAUAAAAACACAAAAUCCAGAUUUUCCGUUGCCGUCGGAGGCACCUCCACCCGGUCCACAGGACCUGCAGUCGCUCUUCCGCUGGAACUACUGUGCAUUGUGUAACAUGGUCAUUCGGUCGACACAGAGUGCCAUUGAUCACUACUCGUCGCGUGCCCAUGAGCGCAGGAUUAGCUCGUGGCUGGUGCGUAAGUGCUACGCCAACCUUGCUGGACGGAAUGCGGACGCCAUGGGCGGGUCCAUCGGCCAAUCGAACUUCUACUGCAAGGUGUGCAACCUGAAGCUGACCUCGUUGUCGGAUGCACAGCAACACUACUUUGGGCGGCGUCACCGAAUGGCGGCACGCCGCAAGAUUAGGCCAUUUAGUGAUGGCUUCUACGAUCGGGAGGGCAAUUGGGUGCGCACGGACAUCAAGUACCCCAUGUGCGAGCUGUGCGACGUGAGCAUCACCUCGGAGUCCCAAAUGGCCAUGCACCUGGCGGGUGCACGCCACCGCAGACGGGUCCAUAUGGCCUAUGGGGGUGAGUCCGCCGGGGGCAUGGAAAUGGGCAUUGGUACGGUCCCGUUCGAUGGCUCGCACAUGUACCGGAUAAACGGCAACGGAUCGCUGGCCCCAAUAAGGCCCUUGGGCACACAGCUCCUCCAAGGCACCGCUUAUCCGCUAUCCCUGACCGAUCCGAGUGCCGUCUUCUACUGCGAUGCCUGCAACAUUACGCUCAACCAUCUGAAGUCGGUGAAUCAGCAUGAGCAGGGACGCAUGCACCGCCGGAAUACACACAGGUUGCCCGGCCAACCGGACUUAUUCGAGUGAUCUUGCGAUUGAAAGUGCGGCGCCCUUGACGAUGUGAGUGGCUGGGAGAUAUCCGAUGAAAAGUAAAGUUAUCCCGCAACCGUACUACUAAUCAACCAGGAAAAUGAGGAAGGUGCCGGGAGGAAGUUUUACAGUACGUGUCUGUCUGGAGUUCCAACUGGCCAAACCAACGUCCUGCUGCGCUGUGUGUUAUUUGCAAUUUAUUUUUGAUCUAACUACUUUUUUUAUAUGUUUUUAGUAGUAUAAUAAAUAAUAAAAAAGCA